CGGGCCAGGACGGUUAAACCGGCCCAACCUUGAGUCGGCGAGCAGAGGAGCAUUGAGACGGACGGUUACGAGGAACGUUCACCGCCUCCACCCGGUUUCGGUGAGACGGUCCGCUCGUGCAAUUUGUCUCUGUGUUCGUGAAAUCGAAACCGGCCGAAAGAACAACGAAAGAGUGAAACGAAGGAAGUCGCGAAGUUGCCGAGGAGGCGAUGGGGGCCAACAAGUGUGAAGAAGCUUAGCACAAAUUUGACCAGAGAAUCGCCCGCCUUCAUUGACUGAAUCCCGAGCUUGCCGUUGGGGAAGGGCGAGGAAGAGCAGGUGACAUCUGGGUGUCGUCCGGGCGGUACCAUAAGUGGACGAAGUGACGAUGAGGUACGUGAAACCUUUGAGCUUGUUCCAAGACGUAUUGAUGGCUCAUACGAAGAAAAAAGGCCGCUUGCUAGGCUUGGAUGUUGGCGAUAAGUAUGUUGGACUUGCUGUCUCGGAUUCAAGCAACAAGGUCGCGUCACCCCUGAGUGUUCUGCUUAGGAAGAAGACAAAUAUUGACUUGAUGGCGACUGAUCUUCAGAGUCUGGUCUCUGAAUUCUCGCUACUUGGAUUUGUGGUUGGCGUCCCUCUUGACCGGUUUCGUAGUCCCAAUCGUGAUGCUGUGCAAAUGAAGGUUUUUAUUGACGAGCUUUCUAAAACAGGAAAACUUGAAGGUGUUUGUUAUACGUAUUGGGAAGAAACCUUUACAUCAAAGAACGUGGAAUUGUUGUUACAACCUUUGACGUUGCAUUCGGUAGUAGCGAAGACAAUAAUGGACAAGUUUGCUGCUAUGGGGAUACUCCAGGGAUAUUUGGAUUAUGCCAACAAGAAGCAGAGAUCAGAGUCUUCUGAAUAGGACAUAUGCGAGGACUGUGGGGGCCUUUCUCAUUCUCAGAGCAUAGCUUGCAUGUAAACUGCAAAUUGCGAUGGUAGAAACGCAGUGCCAUUACCACCUGCUGCUAAAGCACCAUAAAGAGUUUAAGAGGGAUAAGUAGAUAUUUAACGAGUUUUGGCAAUUUUUGUUUUCUAUGUUUAGAGGAAAAGCACAGGAGGGUGUCAAAAGACUCUGUAACCAGUGAAAUGUAGUUUGGUUGCUCUCUC